CCACUUAAUACUUAAAGCAACAGUAUACUUGUUGCAACUGUGGCUUGAAAAAGUUUAAGUUCUUAAGUCAUCCGUCAAUAAAUUGUUUAUUCAUUUUAACGGACCUGAGUUCAUUUUCCGUUGGCCAAAAGAGACAUAUGAAAGGCUAGAAAGCGAAAAUUUGUCGACAGCGAACCUAUUUUCCGAGACAAGCUGAGGUUCUCUGUUCCGAUGACGUGAACGAGCAAAACGCUAGCUACAGCGAGCAGGAUUAUACAGUAGCAAAUGUCUCGCAUCUGCUAAACCGUAAACCAAAGAAUGUCAUAUUCCGCAAGUAAUGUAGAUAAUCUAUUGUAGGCGAACGCACGAUAGUUUCGGUUGAGUUUAGCUUUAACUGUGUAAUGUAUAUAUUUCUAUAUUGGCUCGUUGGGUCGCUAUCUAGAUGCUAGGUGUCAGUAUGUGUGUUCAAUUUCACUUUCUCACUUUCGAGUGGACUCGUUUACGGCGAAAUUAGCUUUAUGUGAUGGUUACUUACAAUGUUAAAAUAUAAGUAAUACUAACUAGCUCAGUGCUAAGAAAAUUUAAUAAGCCAAUAAACACAAAUUUUGUUAAAGACGAAUCAUCGACUGAGAAUGAUGAUGGCACUGGUACCCUAUGAUCGGAAUUCUAUCCCCGCUCUCUCCAAACUUCACGAUCCUUCGGUCGAAUUUCACUUCGCAAACCGCCGGUUGCGUCUUACUCAGGACUGGAACCGGCUCGGAGUGGCUGCCGUGGUGUGGGAUGCAGCUGUGGUGCUGUGUAUGUACAUGGAGCUGGGCCAGAUCGAGCUGGCGGGCAAGACGGUCAUCGAGCUGGGGGCGGGCACGGGGCUGGCGGGCAUCGUGGCAGCGUUGCUAGGUGCCAGAGUAACGAUCACAGACAGAGAGCCAGCCCUGGAGCUCCUGCGUGCCAACGUGCACGAUAACGUUCCUCCAGAGCAGCAGGGGGCAGUGGCGGUCUCAGAGCUCACCUGGGGGGAAGGGCUGGAGCGCUACCCGGCGGGCGGCUACGACGUGGUGCUGGGGGCGGACAUCGUGUACUUGGAGGAGACGUUCCCGGCCCUGCUGCGGACCCUGGAGCACCUGAGCUCGGACGGAACCGCGGUGCUGCUCGCCUGCCGGAUCCGCUACGACCGCGACGUCGCUUUCCUCGACACGCUGCGUCAGAGCUUCGACGUGCAGGAGGUGCACUACGAGGCCCAGAGGGACGUCCACAUCUACAGAGCCGCGAAGCUCCAGGCCAGGCGGGAGCUCUGAUCCGAGGCUCCCGGCCUUGAAAGACCUUCGUCGCGCGCCUGAGGAUCUCGAAGGGAGUUUGAUUCAGAUGGACCGUAUGGACUGGCAUUUAAUUCACGUGGCCUUGGAAAAUAAACGCCAACGUCUUAAAAAUGGUGAAAUUACAACGCAAAUGUGUGGGAGAGUAUUGUAGCUCAUGGUAAUAAUCCAUUGUACGUGAAAUGAUACUGUAUUCAAGAUGCUCUAAAUUUGGGCUGGAACCCAGAAUUGUAAAGUCACUGCUUUGUCCAGCUAUAAUAGGAUGUCCAGUACUGUAAAAAUCCUCAAAUACUGAGACUUGUUCCAUUAAUAUCGGGCCUAUAUUUUAAAGGCAUUCUAUGCAGGAUUUUUUAGCUUUGCUGUGGUCCUGUUUACAAUCUAAGAAGUUUCCUCCUCCGUCUUCAGCCCUCACCCCAAGGAGGCUACCUGUCCAAGUCACUGACACUCUAAUUCUUGAGAAACUACCGGUAAAUUUCUCCCAACAAUUACCGGGGAUCACGAGCCGGACAUCAUGUACAAAUAUUUUGUGAACACUCCACUCGUAGGAAAGUACGGACACAGGAGCAACACGACACAGAGUGGAGUUACUUUGAAAGCAAUUUAAUGUGGCAUUACAUAAGUCUAUAAAAGGCUGGUGCAAUAGAUUGUUGUCACAGAAGGCGCUAAAAAGGAGAUGUGGGCAUAGGUUAUUAUGGUAAUGCGGAAGCGGCGAGCCUUCUCAGCAUCAAAGUUAGUACGUACAGCGCAGUGCCAACUCACUGGAACACAAAAAACGGAUGCUAGUCAGCAUACAGUAUGUACAACAUAUUGUUUAAAAUUAUACUUGUUAAACUGCCAUUAUACAAACUGCACAAAAGGUUAAAAAAAACUCUCCCCCUUAUAUGGAGCUCCAAAAACACUAUAGUCCCACUCCCAAAAAUAAUUUUACAGUUUUCUCACUGAAGAGUGCUAUUCUUUAAAUAAUGCAGAGAAAAUUACUUGGACUUUUAAUACAGGUGAUUCGCUGAAGGUUCACGACAAGGUUGUCUUCUUAUUUUCAUCAUUUAAAAAAAUCUAAGAAAUUUCUCAUGUCUAAAAUGGGAGCCACAUAAAAAUAUUUUUGUAGUGGGAAAACAUUCUUAUAUUGGGAUCAUUUCAGCAAGUAUUAUUAGUAUAUACAGAGAUGUUAUUUAAUAUACAAAAAGCGUUUCUUGCGGUCAGCUGCCGUCAAUCUCGCCUUCCUCAACCAUUCUCCAUUCUGAUUGGGCAGGAGAUGCCACCGGGUUACAGAAACAAAGCGGCAACUGUUGCUAAGAGCUAUAUUUCCCAUAACCAUAAAUGUCCGUGGCUGUCCUGCGCAGUCAGGCGUGCCUUGUUUAAUCACAUAAAAAAUACAGUAAAUACAAGCCACUGCUCAAGUCAGCUAGUUAACCCCACCCCGAAACCUCAAUACAGCUGUCUAAAUAUAUUCCCUUUUUAUAUGCGAGCUAAAUCAGGGUGAUUAUCAAUAGAAGAUAAUCACACUGCGUUUACUUUGGGGCAGUACGCUUCGCGGUUUUAUGCUUCAGUGCUCCGUCAUGUCGAAACUGUCAGAAAACAAACGGUCGAGAGAGCACCGAGGGAGGGAAAUCUACGUGAUUAAAGGUGUGCCGCCGCGUCGAUUUCAGUUUCCCCGCGGUGAAAGAGCCACCAUAAAUCUUAAGCCUCAAAGCAGCCUGCCGUUGGUGAUGACCACGGCCGUUUGUCAUGCCGGGAUUCGGUCGGGUGAACGCUGAUGGCUGCGCGUGAACCGCGCGCCGAGGCGGACCCGGCUGAUGGACACGGCCGUCGGCUGCGCGGGUCACAGAAACGCUAUCCCCGGCAACACGCUAUGACCAUCAGCGUAGCCCCGGAGGCGAACGACAGCACACCUGCCUCCCUGCGGCAGCCUCCACACACACAGACCAGCGUUUCAUGGCGGCUUUGCUCUCUGCAACCUUUCCCCAUUCACAAUAUUAAACACAUUAACACAUGAA